AUGGCUGAGAUUCAACUGUUUAAGACCAGAAUCACGAAUGCAUGCAAGCUGAUCCGUUCAAGCGAGUCAGAUCUCAAGCUUUUAGACAACCCGUUCAUAUUCCCAACUCAAAAGGAGGUAUGCGAGGUGUAUAUAAGAGAAAAGACAGCACAGCUAAACCAUUUGAUAACAACGAUCACUAAGGCGAAGCAGCUCCACGAUACCUGUCUUGACAAAGCGAUCGAAACAAUUAGUUCACGUUCGGAGCAGAAGGAUCGAGAAAAGCUAAUGCUUGAGCUUAACAACCACAUGGAGCUCGAAUCAAAUGGUCUAGAAAUCACAAUAAUACAAUGGCUGAGCAAGAUCGACUUCAGAAAGGAAGAGUUGAUGCAGCAAGCUUCAUUCAUAGCGGAAGCCAUUAGCAUUGCCAACCAGGCUGGUAGCAGUCAGAACAAUUCUCACAGCGGAGGUGACACUGUCAAUCCAUACGACCGCAACAUACGAGUUCGACGCCCUCUGCUCGAAGUCCCAACCUUUUCUGGAGACUUCAGGGAGUUCAAUACCUUCUGGUCAGUCUUUGAGUCCCUCAUACACAAAGAUACGGACUUGAGUGACCAAGAAAAAUUCCUUUUUCUGAAACAAGCACUAAAAGGAAAGGCAGCUGCUUCAAUCAACAGCAUUCCAGUCAUUGGUGACAAAUACAGCGUCGCUCUGAAUAUACUUAAGAAACAGUUCGAUAGAUCAUCAGGCAUAGCGGACAUCUUAAUAAACGAGAUUGAGCAUCUGCCUAGGGCACAAGAAAACUCGAGAAGUUGCCGCGAUACACUCAAUGCCAUAUCUUCUCGAAUCGUGCACCUGGAGCAAACUGGAAUGCCAAUGAACGCAGACAGAGUAUGGCGACGCCUUAUUCUCUCAAAAUUCACAGAGAAUAUCUGUAGCCAAGUAAUCAAGAAAGAAAACGAAGGUGGCACAGGAUUCGAAGUGAAGAAUAUUCUUGACGCCGUUGAUGAAAUUAUAACUCUUCAAGAAACUACCGAGCUAACAACAAAGACGUUGUUCGGUACUCAAACCACGCAAGCCAUGCAGAACAACGCCAGAGGACAUGAUAACGGACGCCACCAAAGCAAGCAGUCCCCAAGUCAUCGAAUGAGGCAUGCAUGUCUGUGUGGAGAAGCGCACUCACCACAUCAGUGCGCCAGGUUCCCUACACCUGAGGCUCGCCGAAUGGAAGCCAAGCGCCAGGGAAUGUGCUGGAAAUGUUUCGAUAAAACUCAUGGGUCGAGAUCAUGCACAGCAAUGGGACCAUGCCCGAAAUGCACGGAGGAUCACCAUUCUUCGCUCUGCAUAACAUCGAGAUUUGGUCUGGAGCCAAUGAGCUUGUCCAAUCGGCGACAAGACCCACCACAAAGUUCUGCUCAGCAUGAAACUGCUAGAGCUCCAUUCUCACCACCAACCAACCGCUAUCGGCAGCUAGAACAAAGAAACAACAACCAGGCAAGGCAAGCGGAUAGAGUGCAAGCAUUACACGCUGCUCUCAUUGAAGGCAUGACUUCGCAGUCGAAACAACCGACAACCACUCAGUGCGUACUACAAACAGCGUCGUUGCUAAUCUUCAAUGAAGCCGAAAUGGAAUACCAACCAAUCAAUGUUCUCCUUGAUUCAGGGAGCUCAGAAAAGCUUUCUAAAAGCGGCGAAGAUCAAAAUCAACUGCAACUUCCCACCCGAAGCUCUACAAAGUUCACCACCAUAGGCAUGGGUGAGCUUCAGGAGACCUUUCGACGUGCUCAAGAAGUUAGUAUAACUCUGAAAGCCUGCACAGCUCUAGAAAGUUGA